UCGUGUCUUUAACCAGCCUACUUGUGGCGGUGUGGGUGCUCUGUUGCCCUCAGAUUUGUUCAGAUUAACAGGACCUGGCCUCACAAUGCAGCUUUGUUGCUGGAACAGAUUAAAACAUCAAGUGACCGGAGGUGUAGGAGUCCCCUGCUCUCUUUUUCUUUCCUGCUUCCCUUUCUCCAACAUCAUUCCAACGGACGCCGCCGCCACACAUCCCGAGUACGAUGGCCAGACGUUUUCAUAUCGUGUGAUUUGGGACCAAAUUGGCCUUAUGAGAUCCAGGUUGAUCGCUGACAUUGAGCUCAGGCGAAGCACAGAGAACGCCACCACACUGGUGUCCUUCAUGUCCCGACACAGUCAGCCAGCAAGUUGGCCAGCAAGCAGCAGCAGCAGCAGCAAUGACAGUAACGUACUCUCGCAGGGUUGCUGAUGCAGGUCUAGGGACGUUCUUUCACCUGCUCCUGCGAUGGAAGGGCAGCAUCUAUAAACUGCUCUACAGAGAGCUCAUCAUCUUCACUCUGCUCUACUACUUCUUCAGUAUUGUUUAUAGGUUUGUGUUAAAUGAUGACCAGAGGAGGCUGUUUGAGAAGCUGGCAAUAUACUGUGACCGCUAUGCAGAGCUCAUCCCUGUGUCGUUUGUGCUGGGUUUCUAUGUCACCUUGGUCGUGUCCCGUUGGUGGGGCCAGUUUGAGAACGUCCCCUGGCCGGACCGCUUGGCGGCAUUAGUGGGCGGUCAUGUUCGUGGAGCGGAUGAGGCCUCCAGGCUGACCCGACGGACUCUGAUGCGAUACGCCAACCUCUCUGGUGUGCUCAUCUACCGCUCUGUCAGCACAGCCGUCUAUAAGAGGUUUCCCACCAUGGCGCAUGUGGUGCAGGCAGGUUUGAUGACGUCGGAGGAGCUAAGGCACCUGGAGGACUUGCGCUCUCCUCACAACAAGUUCUGGGUUCCCUGCAUGUGGUUCGUCAGCCUGGCUCUGAGGGCUCGGACCGAGGGUCGCAUCAACAACGACGUGGCGCUCACUGCCAUUCUCGCUGAGUUGAACAGUUUACGGGCAAAGUGUAUGAAGCUGUACGGUUACGACUGGAUCAGCCUGCCUCUCGUCUAUACUCAGGUGGCGACAGUGGCGGUCUACAGCUUCUUCCUGGCUUGUCUGAUUGGUCGUCAGUUCUUGGAUCCAGCUCAGGGUUACCCUGGUCACGAUCUGGACUUCUACCUGCCUGUUUUCACACUGCUGCAGUUUUUCUUCUACGUCGGUUGGCUGAAGGUGGCAGAGCAACUCAUAAAUCCUUUUGGUGAAGAUGAUGAUGACUUUGAAACCAACUGGCUCGUCGAUCGCAAUUUACAGGUGUCCUUGUUGUCUGUGGAUGAGAUGUACGACAGCCUGCCGCUGGUUGAGAGGGAUAUGUACUGGAAUGAGUCUGAACCUCAGCCUCCCUACACUGCUGCCAGUGCUGAACACCGCAAACCCUCCUUCAUGGGCUCAGCCCUGGACAUCAGUGUUCCUAAGGAGGAGAUGGAGUUUCAGUCCAAUCUGGGGCAAAUCAAAGAAAAUGAGGAAGCCAACUACUCCACCCCGCUGCUCGGAGGACUGGGUCGUCUCCUCGGUGUCCAGUCCCCUAACUUUCCUCGUGCCUCCCGGGUCUCUCUGCUGCGCCGCCGCCCUGGAGCUCCACUAAGCCGCUUCCCUCUUUACCUGCAUCCAGAGGCGCCAUCGACUCCGAAUCAAGGCCGUCUGCCUUUGAACCACGAGCGAGAUCCAGACUAUGCCUUCUCCAACAUGCCCCUUUAUGAGAGACCGGGUUUCUACAGCUGCCCACAAACACCCAUCCACUGCGUGCCCCCUGCGGUUCCUCGCCCUCGCCCUGCCCGACGGACGCAGAACGAGUGGGACCGCAGCUGCAGCUCCCUCGCUCCUCCGAUGGUCGGCUCACAGCAGCUGCCUCCCGACACCCCCAACCACGUCCCCCCACCACCGUCCUCCGCUUUCCCCUGGCUGAGUGAGGACGGCAAGGUGCCGAGCACUCCAACCUUCUCCUUCCCCGACCCUCCACCUGAACUCUGCCCAAUAUCUAAACUCAGACCUGGACACGGCCUGCUGUCUCGCCGCCCUCUACCUCCCCACCUCACUCUGGACACCCUCCCCUCAGCUGACAGCCAGCCCGGAACCCCAAGUGCUCGAGCGGCAGGAAGCGGAGGAGAAAGGGUGUUCUCGUUCACUCCUCCCUCUCGCACAGCGGCAGCAAAUCCCAUUAAUCCAAACAGCAGCUCUAGCAGCAUUAAUGCAACAAGCACCAACAGCGCUGGCACAACGGGAAGUCUCUGCAACGGUACAAGUCACACUAAUUUUAGCAACCAUGGGAACUUCGGCACCAACAUGAGGGCAAGCAACGGGGGCACCAACGGCGGGCCGAGCAACAACAUGAACACAGUUUCCACGUCAGCGUCAUCGCAGGAGGAAACCAUUCAGCAACACUCACCCAAUGAUUCAGGGAUCUCAUUGGCUGAAGGGGACCUACUGGGCGUUUUGGUGGCCGGUGCAGUGAACAAGGCGGCAGGAGGGAGAGAGCAGGACUGUGAAAACAAGGUGUGACGGACUGUUUUAGUAUCAGAUCUGGCAUUCAAAAUAUUUCACACAAACAGGCACUGAUCUACGUUACAGCUGUACUGCAUAACAGUCAUCUGAGCCCGGCACACAACUGAGAAGUAUUUGUCACAAACACCGAGUUAAUCUCUACUUCCUGUUAUGCUCUUAUAGAACAAUUAACCUACUUGUGACGCAAAAAGCACCUUAAGAGAUUAAACCGUCAACAUGUGAAGGAAAAAUAACUUUCCAGUUUCUUCUGAAGCUCAACCACAAGAAGCCAAAAUGUGUAUAUUCUUAAAGAAACUAGUCUUUUCAGCAUUGUUUCAGUGUACUCUUUAAUAAAUAUUCAGUAUCAUAUUGUUUCCUUGGUUUUUUCAAUAAAAAAAAUGUAACUUGAGA